AUGGCCCCCGAUGUUGCCGCUGCUAAUGGCACAUCUGCAUCCUCCGCAACCUCGACGCCCAAACCCUCGCAGAAACCCCCCAUUGGCCCAAAUGUUCUCGAGGUCGUCUUCGGCUCUCUGCUCAUCACCCCAUGGUAUCCGUCCUUUUACCCCGAGGAGCUGGUAGGCCGACGCGUGGAGCGGUUGUACGUGUGCCACUGGUGUUUUAGGUAUACCAAGGAAUUAGCUGGAUUCCUGGGGCAUUUGGGGAAAUGCGAACAGAAAGUCUGCCCCCUCCAUACGAGCCCACCCCUUGGCACACGUGUCUACAGAAAAGAUAACUACUCCAUCUACGAAAUCGACGGUGAGAAACACAAGUUAUACGCGCAAAACCUGUCGCUGUUUGCGAAACUCUUUCUCGAUACAAAGUCGGUCUUCUACGACGUCACGACUUUUUUGUACUAUUUGCUGGUUGCGCAUGAACCCAAGCCAAGUGUACCAAAUACAGAUGUGAAGGACGAGGAAAAGGCAGCUGGGGGUAUACAUACCAGCACAGGACAAGUGGUGGGCUUCUUCAGCAAGGAGAAAAUGAGCUGGGAUAACAAUAAUUUGGCAUGUAUACUGGUCUUUCCGCCGUGGCAGAAGCAGGGGCUGGGCCAGAUUUUGAUGGGUGCGAGUUAUGAGAUGAGCCGGCGGGAGGGACGCUUAGGCGGGCCUGAGAAACCGUUAUCGGAUCUCGGUAGAAUUGCAUACAUGCAUUAUUGGUCGCAAACGCUCGCGCGCACAAUUCUCUCUUGCCCUUCGAAACGCACGUUGACGGUGCAAGAUCUUCGGGAGAAGACGUAUAUUAUGCCCGAGGAUAUUAUAGCCACAUUGCAGGCUAUGCAUGUGCUGGAGCAGAAGAAGCGAGGUGGUGCAGAAGUGGUUAUCAACAAGGCAAAGGUCAGGGCGUGGGCGGAAGCGAGCAAGGUUGAUUUGAACAAGCUCCCCGUAGAUGCGGACGCAUUUGUCGUUCGUGAAAUCAGUAGGAGCGGCAGCGAAGACAAUUUGUAA